UAACCACCACCUUUCGUGUAUGUUCCAGGGCCCAGGAGUUACCAACCAUGGCGGAAGAGGAACCCGCAACCACUGGCGCCGCCUCAGACUGAACCUAGGACGUCCGCGUCUGCUCUUCCUUCAACACCUGGAGAAGAAAAAAAAUAAAACAAGAAAGAAAAUGAGUUGACUUUUUUAAAACAUCAGUGCUCAACUUUAUGAAAGGAGCAAGGAAGUGCCAGCCCUAUUUGUUGUGAUUACUUACAUCAGUGCUCAACUUCAUGAACGGAGCACAGAAGUGCCAGUCCUUUGUUGUGAUUAACCAAAGAAAAGGUGGAGAUAUUUUUUAAAAUAUAUUCUUCGCCUUGCACUUAUAUUUAUCGCCCUGUGGGAUUUAGACCUCUCAAGUGUCAUCUGAAAACUUGAAAGACUGUAGAAAGCUUCACCAUAUUUUUCCCGGGGAAAAGAAAAACCCCUAAUCAUCAUUGUUGUGAUUCAUCUGGACACUUUUGAAUUUAAACGCACUUUUUCCCUAUUGGACAACAACGUACGGGUACCAUUUCAUUCCACUGUUCUCAAUUCCAUUUCACAAUCAAUCAAAAGGCAAAGUGUACUUACUCAUCCUGCCGCAGCACGCGUCACCGCUUCAUUCAAGUAAGGACCUCCUCAGCCAUAAACACCACAAGUCACAACCCAGAGGGAGGACUCGCUAUUACUUUACCUCAGACAACAACUACAACGCUGUCACAUCGCAAGGAUCCUGGGCACAGUUCAGACACGCACUUUUCUUAUCCUAUGUUCGUCUUCUGCUGUCGACUCAUACAUCAUUUCACAGCCUGGUGCGCGUGAACUUUUGUUUAUCCGACCUCAGUGCCCACUGCCCCUGAGCGACCACGUUUUCCAGCGUUGCUGUUGUUGACCCGUCUUUGAGUGUGAACGUUUUGUUUUGUAAGAGUGCAAUACUGGUGAUUCAUCUUUUUUAUCUUUUUUCCCCCUCCGACACCUUGCUGUGGUCUCAUUAACAGAAGUCGCGCGUCAUUAUCCUCUUCCAUAUAAGCCUCUUGUUGACUGCUCGGAUUGGUCAGCCAGACAUACGUGUUUCCAGGGUUCCCAUGGUGACAAAGCAGUUGAUGGCUGCAGAGUUGGUGGUUCCCAGCUGCGGUGUUCGGUUUGUCUAAUUGUUCCGCGGCGCAAGGUGUCCCCCAACCGCCACACGCCGACCUCGUCCUCGCCCAUGCUUUCUCCCUCCGCCGUGUCGCCAGUCCAGGAGACCAAGAAAUUCCCGUCUGCCAAAGACCAGCAAGCCGCCAAACGAUCGUCCUUGUCCUCAGACAUCACAGCGUCCUUUUCCUCCGGUGUUGCCGCCUCUAUGCCUUCCCAGCCAAACGACUCCUUGAAGAGGAACCGAGCUCAGAGGGCGGCGGCCGAGGAGGCGCGCCGGAAGUCGCAAAGCGAAAGUGGAGCUAACUCGGCUGUGCAGCAAGAUUCGGCGACGGAUGCCGUAGACUCGGCCAGCUACGAGCAGGUACUUAGACCAAAACGACAGCAGACCAAAGGGACGUUGGGCCGCGACGACAGCGUGGGUGACAGACGGGGGAUGUACUUCUCGGAGACUGUCGACUCCCCCCGAGCUAACGGUCUGGAUAAGUCGUCCGACCCGGUGAGCGCCACUGUUAUGACCGGCGGCGACUUGAAUACUCCAGCGGACGAGGAUGUGGUGGAUACUUCGUCCUCCUCCUCCUCUUUGUUAUCCUCCUCCCCUCCCCCGUUCCUCCCGCACUGUUCCAGACUCGAGCAUUCCACGCGGCCGUCCGCCCGGCUCCGCGGUCUCAGGGCUGGGACCGCCGGAACGUCAGCAUCUACCACCGCCACCGUCACCGCCCCCAGCACAUCAUCAACACAUUCCCAGCAGCCCCGCGGCGGCAGAGACUCGGACUCAGCGUCUUCCACAGCGGGCUCGGGGUCAGGGGUCACGCGACGACCCCGGAAAACGGUUCCGUCUGACUCUGGAGGAGCCACCGACGCCCCGGCUCUAUCAGCGGAAGAGGAGGCAAAGAAGAGGCUGAGCCGGGAGGAGAUCGAGGCGGCGCUGGAGCGGGCAGACACCUACCUGGCCACUCUAGGCUCGCCCGACGACACUAAGGGAGAGAAGGCGGCCAAGGAGAGGGAGUCACGGCGGAGUCAGAGCCACGCCGCCUCGGCUGCAACGCGACGGAGAUUUCUCUACGGCGACGAGGCCGAUCCGCCGUCCAUGUCGUCGUCCACGUCAUCAUUAUCCUCGUCGUCCGCCGGUCGGGCAGAGGCCAAGCAGCCUGAGCAGCAAAAUCAGCAGCACGACGUGGAUUCAGCCAAGGCCGCCGUCAGCACUCACCCCGAACCGGCAUCGAGCACAGAAUCAAAAUUCAUUCCUGAAGCAACAGCAGCAGCAGCGGUGAUCUCCUCCUCCUCCUCAUCCCUGGCCUCCUCGCCCCCGACUACCUCCCCGCCCGCCUCGCCCGUCAAGAGCAGCGCCUACGUGCAGUUGCGAUCUCAGGCUCCGUCGACCGCCCCGGACCUACCCCCGCCCUCCUACCACGAGGCCACCGAGCCGCCGCCCUAUCACGAGGCCACCUCCUCCUCCUCCAUCCUCUUCUCCCAGAAGAUGGAGAAACAGCAGCGACAACAGCAGCAGCAGCAAGGUCCAUCUUCUUCUUCUUCACCCUUCGCCAAGCCCGUGCCCAUCCCCCGGCGCGCGGCCCCGCCCCCUCCUCUCCCCGAGAAGCCGGCGAAGGCGUCGACGAGAGUGGUGGAGACGGUACCUCCCCCCGCCCCCGAGCUGGGCUCCGCGGAGAGUGAGCUGGCCCACAGCGUGGGGUCCCGCCGAGGCGUGGUGGUUACACGGAGUAAUUGCGUGGAUGAUCUUAUCAUGCCGGAGGAGCACAUGCAGAGACAUGACGAGGAUGAUGACGGGUAAGUCGGUUUUACGUUGUUGUUGUUGU